UCUCUCUCUCUCUUAAUGAUAAUAUCACAUCAUCACCAUUAUCGUCAAUCAUCUGAGUAAUAGGAAAUUUCUUUACUCUCUUUUUCUCUGUUUUCAUUUCCUCCUCAAAUCAAUCAAACAAAGAAGAAAUCUUUCUUCCUUUCUUUCUUUCUUUUUUUGAGAUAAUCAUAAUCAAAAUCAUAAUCAUCGGAUCGGAUCGAAUCGAAUCGGAGAGGAUGUCGUGCUCGUCAUCGUCGUCGGGAUCGGAGGAGGACGAGGAAGGAAUCGACUCGUACAGAAAAGGAGGUUACCACGCCGUCAGAGUCGGAGAUCAGUUUAAUGGCGGUCGCUACGUCGCUCAGCGCAAGCUCGGUUGGGGCCAGUUCUCCACCGUCUGGCUCGCCUACGAUACUUCCUCCUUUAGGUAUGUUGCUCUUAAGAUCCAGAAAAGCGCGGCGCAAUUUGCUCAAGCUGCCCUUCAUGAGAUCGAAGUCCUUUCCGCCAUUGCCAAGGGCGACCCUUCAAACUCCAAGUGUGUUGUGCGACUCAUCGACCAUUUUAAGCACACGGGGCCAAAUGGCCAGCACCUUUGCAUGGUCCUCGAGUUCCUCGGUGAUAGUUUACUCCGACUGAUCAAAUACAACCGUUACAAAGGCAUGACAUUGAAUAAAGUCAGAGAGAUCUGCAAAUGCAUAUUGCUUGGCCUGGAUUACCUGCAUAGAGAACUUGGUAUAAUUCACACUGACUUGAAACUGGAAAACAUUCUUCUCUUUUCCACUAUUGAUCCCACCAAAGACCCAAUUCGGUCUGGCCUCACCCCGAUUCUUGAAAAGCCCGAGGGAAACCCAAAUGGUGGAGUUACCAUGAAUUUUAUUGAGAAAAAGUUGAAAAGGAGGGCAAGGAGGGCAGUCGCUAAGAUAUCCGAAAGAAGAGCUUCUAUGGGAGGACAAGCUCCAAAAUCUGAGAGAAACCUUGAUGGGAUUGAUCUAAGGUGCAAGGUUGUGGACUUCGGAAAUGCGUGUUGGGCUGACAAGAGGUUUGCAUUAGAGAUUCAGACGAGGCAGUACAGGGCUCCCGAAGUUAUACUGCAGUCCGGGUACUCCUACUCUGUUGAUAUGUGGUCCUUUGCUUGCAUCGCGUUUGAACUUGCUACUGGUGAUAUGAUGUUUACUCCAAAGACUGGACAAGGCUUUAGUGAGGACGAGGAUCAUCUUGCUUUGAUGAUGGAACUCCUCGGAAAGAUUCCUCGAAAGGUGGCUGUUGGAGGAGCUCGCUCGAAGGAUUUCUUUGACAGGUAUGGAGAUCUAAAGAGAAUUCGGAGGCUAAAGUAUUGGUCACUGGAUAAAUUGUUGAUUGACAAGUACAAGUUUUCUGAGGAAGAUGCGCGUGGGUUUGCAGAGUUUCUUUGUCCUCUUCUCGAUUUUGCACCAGAGAAGAGGCCGACUGCCCAGCAGUGCCUGCAACACCCGUGGCUUAAUCUCAGCAGCUCGACACCAAGUGCGACGAAGAAUGAAUCUAAUGUGGAAAAGCUGAAUAUCGGGAUGAGCAACCUUCGGGUUACAGUGGGCAAGUGAAGAAACAAGAUUUACUGAUUUUGAUUACAUAUAUGACUAUAUUGAUUGUGAUUUAUUUUGUUUGUUACACUCCUAAUAAGAUUUAUUUUUUGAUUAACUAUAUACAUAUAUAAGAUGUAAAUUAGUGAUGAUGAUUCUUGUGAGAAAUGAUAUUAGCAAAGAAAUUUGACUUUAAUUGGAGGCACCCUCCUUACAAGCUAG